AUGGAGGAGAUGACAACCUUCGCUGGCCCUCGAGUACGACCCCCACCGGAUGACCAGACAGACAAGGAGAAGAAGUACAUUCUGGAGAAGAUCCAGCAGGCCCCGCGGCAAGACGGGAACUCUGCUGAGGUGCGAAGGCUACAAGGGAACCAGGAUUCAGAGGCCGAGGUUUCAGGGAAGCUUUCAGGGAAGCUUUCCGAGCUCAAGCUUUGCUCUCGCGAGGAAAGCGUAGGACCUGGCAAAGCCGGGGGGGGGGCCAGCGAGGAGGGGGUGAAGGAGGGUAGAGUCCUGGUAGAGAAGGACGGUAAGUUUGAUUUGGUGAGUCUGAAAGAGGUGGAGAGUCAAGGACUCCUGCCUCCUCUGGCGAGGGACCACUCGUCCCAACGCCAUCACCAGCCCACCGUGAGCACCUCCCCCAUCCAGCGAGGCAUGGAUCCCCCCCGGGCCCCCAAACCUCCCGCUCAGCCCAGGAACAGGCCCAGCUCGGCCAGCCACAGCCAGAGAGGCAACCAGGGGAGAGGCAGCAAGCGGCGGGUGCAGUCGGCCUCGGGGACACCCUGCCAGGCCACCUACAGCCUGUCCCCGCAGCAGAAAGACCUGGUGCACAGGAUCCACCAGAGGAAGGAGAAACUGGCCAGAGAGGAGGAGCAGCGCAAACGGGAAGAAGGGGAGCAGAAGAGGCAGGAAAAUGAGCUGGCGUUUAAGGCGUGGCUGCUGAGGAAGAGAAAGCGGUUACAGGGGGAGAAACGGCUCCAACGAGCCCAAGAGAUGGAGAAGAUGAGUGCUAAGAAAGACGGCAGCGACUCGGAGGACUCCUUCCGCCUGUGGCUCCAGAGGAAGCAGGAGCAGCAGCAGAGAGAGCGGCAGCUGGCGGAGCUCAAGAGGAUGGAGGAGGAAGAUGGAGACCUCCUACGGAGCCGCGCCCAGUGUGAACGCGCCUUCAAAAGGUGGCUGAAGCAGAAACGGGCGGAGAAGCGGGCGCAGCAGCGCGCGGCUCGGGAGCGCGCGCGCAUGUUGGUGCUGGAGGAGCGACGCGCGCGACGCUUGAGGGAUCUGCUUUGUUCCAUCAAUGAAACCAGGCCGUUCCGGUUCUCCGAGGCGCUGACCUUCCGCUUCUGAACGAGCGCUUCAGGGACACGAGCGUCUUUAAAAAAGACGAAAAACCCGCCGAACGGGGGCCCACGUGGUUCAUUCGGUGUUUAGUUGUUGCUAUGGUUUUGGUUGAUCACGUGUCAAGUCGCAUUCAUAAAAAGUAACCGUUUACCUCAGUGUGAUGAAAAUGUAUUGAGUGAAGCAUUAUUUUACUUUAGUUUAAAUGGAGCCUCUUCAGAAAGAAGCACGGCUGUGCGGCCUGAAUACACCAGCUGAAGCAUUUGGUACCAGGAGGUAACAUAACCAGGACAAAAUGAAUCAACUAAAAGUUACAUAAAGGGUGAUAUGGAGAAAAUCAAAUAUAUACGUAUUUUGACCUAAACCCCUCAAUAUCAAUAAUGCAAUGAUAUUUGGUGGGUUUCAUAAAUAAUCAUCAGUAAUAAGGAUGUUAUGA